AUGCGCCUCCGCGCCGCCGCCGCCGCCCUCUGCCUCUGCCUGCUGGGCGCCUGCCGCCUUCGCCGCGGGCUGGAGGCCGCCGCCGUGCGCGGCCCGUCAGCGGCCGCUCCCCAGCGACCCUCGGCAGCCGCGCCUUCCUCCGCCUCCUCCUCCUCCGCCGCCGCCGCCUCCCCCUUCUCCUCCCCGCCGCGGAGGGACGGGGCUCUCCGCAACGGCACGGUGGUGCCGCAUCAUUACAUGGUGGCCCUGUACCAGCGCCUGGCCGCCCGCCGCGCCCCCGGCCGCCGCGCCGACACCGUGACGGGCUUCGCGGAGCGGGCGCGCAGCGAUGCCUCCCCGUCCGCCUCGGAGCAGCGAUACCUCUUUGACAUCUCCAGCCUGCCUGAGGCAGAGGAGGUGACGGGCGCAGAGCUGCGGAUCCUGCGCUCCCUGCCUGAGAACCGGAGCUUGGCGCUGUCCCCCGAGGGCACCUUCCACCACCUCCUCCUCGCCACCUGCCCCGGCCGGGACGGCGAGGAGCCCCGGCUGCUGGACUCCAGGGCCGCGGACAUUCUGGACGCGGGCUCCUCCAGAUGGGAGGUGUUUGAUGUCUGGAAGGCCUUGCGAGAUCAGAGGGAGAGCUCGCUCUCGGGAAAGCUGCUGUGCUUCCUGCUGAGGAUCGUGUCGGAUCGCUCGGGGCAGCUGCUGCCCCCCCGGCAGCUGGGCUUCGGCAAACCCCGGCCACAGCCCCACGAGCGAGCCCUGCUCGUGGCCUUCUCCCGCACCCAGAGGAAGGAGAACCUCUUCAAGGAGAUCCGGGAUAAGAUCAAGGCCCUGGGCAGCCCCCCCUUGCUGGAGCCCCCCGAUCCCGGCCAGGAGGCGUACCUCAGGCGGAGGAAGAGGAGGACCACCAUUGCCGCCCGCUCUGGGGGCAGAGGCCACGGGAAGAAGGCGAAGACUCGCUGCAGCAGGAAGCCCCUGCACGUGAACUUCAAGGAGCUGGGCUGGGAUGACUGGAUAAUCGCCCCCCUGGAUUACGAGGCCUAUCACUGCGAGGGGGUCUGCGACUUCCCGCUGCGCUCCCACCUGGAGCCCACCAACCACGCCAUUAUCCAGACCCUGAUGAACUCCAUGGACCCCGAGUCCACCCCCCCGAGCUGCUGCGUGCCCUCCAAGCUCAGCCCCAUCAGCAUCCUCUACAUAGACUCUGGGAACAAUGUGGUUUACAAACAGUAUGAGGACAUGGUCGUGGAGACGUGUGGCUGCAGGUAGCAAUUUCUGCAGCUCUCCCUAUCCCUCCUGGCCUUGCUCAGCAGCCCUGCCCAUUUUAUAUAUAUAUAUAUAAAAAUAUAAAUAUAUAUAUAUAUAAAAUAUACAUAGAUAGAUAGAUAUAUACACACAUACACAUUUUGGUGUGUGCCUUCCCAAAAGCCUAACUCAGAGCAGGUGUCCCCCCUCUUCCCUGGGCUGCCCUGGCCAUGACCCCAAGGGGAUGGGGGGUGUCCCUCUGAGACCGAGGCUGCCACAAUCUCUGUGCCUCGGGAAUGUCUCCUCGGCCUCUGAGCUCUGCCUGAUACACUUGGUUUGCCUAAGUGGAGCUUACAACUUCUUUCCCAAAGGUUUUGGAAAAUGUCUAGCCAAAAUUGUCUUGGUCGGAAUGAUGACCUGGGGUGGGGGAGGUGGAGUGGUGUCUGCAGCAGAGGGAUCAGGUCAGCAUCACCCUCUGGCUGUGGCAGUGGGAUGGAGGUGAGGUAGGAAUGCUCUUUUCUUUGAGUUAAAGGAGUUUUUCUGGCAGUCUUCAAAUUGCUGCCCUGGGCUUCCUUGUGGAAAAAUAAGGGAUCCCUGGGGGAAGGCAGGGGAUGGAGAACCUGUGGCUGGUGUGGGUUGUAUCACUUGGUCCAGGCCUGUUUGCAAUGGGGACAGGUUUGUGAGUCUGCUGGCAGAGAAAGGAAAGAAGAAGAACCAGAGGCUUAAAAGAGUCAGGUCUGAAGCAGAGCUUGUGCUCUUACAAAGAUUGGAGUGGCCCUGGGAGGUGUUAGCUGAAGAUGCCUUCACUCCACAUGGUCCAAAGCGCGGGCUUUGUUGUCUGUGUCUUGCAGGAGGUACUGGUGGGUGAGUCCCCUCUCUUUCCUGCACAAAUCUGUGUUUCCAAGGCAUACUUGGAACCCAGCAUCAGGCCUGCAAGUCACACAGCCAUCCUGACCACGUCUGGAGAGAAACAAAGGUCCCAGGUUCCCUAGGGAAGAGCCAUUUCGCUCGGGUUCUUCUCUUUCCAAAUAAUCUCUAUAAAAGCACUAAGCUCCA